GUUAGACGGACCCUUCACUACCUCCCGCUAUCCUUGAAUUGCUCAAAUAGGGCUGAUCUGGGCGCUGCAAACGUCACAUUGCAUGCGCUACCACAGCGAAUCGAGUCGACAAUCUCAGGGGCUUAGCCAGAAAAGUUUUAUCGGUUGGAGCAGCAAUUGAAAAGCUAUAAAAGACCGGUUUCCUAGAGUUUAGCUUGGAAGGUAUACAUCUAAAAUCAUGAUUCAGAUACCAAAAUUCCUUCAUGAUGUGCAGCCCUGCUACGAUACCAUAUCCAUCCCUUCCAGGGGUACAAUUCACAUCGCUUAGUUCCUCUUUGAUCUCUAAUGUUACCACUCACAUACCCGAAAGCCUAUAUGUCAACAAUGGGGCUCUUGAUGUCCAAGGGGUUAGUUAUUGCCAUGUAACGACUACCUACACCCAUACUGGGACGACCGACAACGUCACCGUGGAUGUAUUCCUUCCACAGGAUGGUUGGAAUGGAAGAAUGCAAGGUAUAGGCGGUGGAGGAUGGGCCGCUGGAGGCCUUGCAUUUCCAUUAGCAGCCUACUCUAUGCUUGGAGCAGUGGCCGAGGGAUACUCUGCCGCGACUACCGAUGCCGGACAUGCCUCUUCUGACCCUGCCGACUGGGUACUAUCGAGCCCUGGACAUGUCAAUUACCACCUAUUGGAAAACUUCGGUUAUACAUCACUCAAUGAAUUGUCUAUUAUUGGAAAGGCGAUCACAGAAAGCUACUUCGGCAAACCACCGCACCAUUCCUAUUGGAGCGGCUGCUCCCAAGGGGGUCGACAGGGCAUGAAGCUUGCUGAGAAAUACCCUACGGCAUUCAAUGGCAUAGCAGCUUCAGCUCCCGCGUUGGAUCUCACUCUAAUCGGAGUGGGUGAUCUCUGGCCCCAACUUGUGAUGAAAGCAAUGGGCCAGUACUCGAAGAACUGCGAACUUCUCGCUAUAACUCAAGCUGCGAUUGAUUACUGCGAUGCUGACGAUGGAUCGGUCGAUGGAAUCAUCUCUGAUCCAGAUAACUGUAAUUUUGACCCCCAUUCAGUUGUCGGCGAGCCUAUUAGCUGUAAUGAUACAGGUGUCCCCGAAACCAUCCUCAUCUCGGAAACAGCGGCGAAAGUUGCGAAUGCGACUUGGACCGGAGUUCGAAAAUCGGAUGGCUCGCCCCUUUGGUGGGGACUUAAGAAAGGGGCGGCAUUGGUUGAAGAAGAUAUCGGGUUCACUGUCAUCCACGGUCUUGCGACAACUGUCUGUUACCAGAAUGGGACUUGCGUGGGAAAGACAGGGAGCAUGAUAGAUGAGUGGAUACGGUUUCUUGUAAAGAAGGACCCUGAUUUCGAUAUCUCAGCUGUAACAGCCGCCGAGUUCGAAGACAUUUUCCAGGCCUCGGAGGAAGAAUAUGGGCCAUUCUGCAAUGUCGAACCUAAUCUCGACGCAUUCCGAGAUGUAGGAGGGAAGAUUUUAUCUUACCACGGUUUGGCGGAUAGCACUAUUCCUCCAAACUCCACAACCCACUUCUUCGAUCAAGUCGCCGCGAAAGACAAUCGUGUUCACGACUAUUAUCGCGUCUUCGAAGCUCCAGGGCUUGCUCACUGCUUUACUGGCGCCGGGGGAUAUUAUCCUGCGGGGCUUUUCAAGGCUCUGGUCUCAUGGGUUGAGUCCGGCAUUGCCCCUGACAAGCUUCCCGCGUCCGCUCCCCAACAGGAUGGAACGAUGCGUAAUGGUGUUCUAUGCCCAUACCCUCAGAAAGUACGUUAUAAAGGAUUGCGCUCAAACCAUAAGGAUGAUGACUUCUAUUGUUGUCACGAAUCGGACCUAGCAUGCGAAGAAACGGUGACGCCGUUGGGAGAAGAACUCUAAACUACUCUCGCUAGGAAUACGGUA